UGCACUGGUAACCAUUAUAUAACAGUAUUAUACAUUUAUGUAUGACUUAUACUAUUUAUUUAAUUUUUAAAGACAACUAGUAUAUAUAAAACAUUGGUCUGGAAUUAUUAUAGUAAAAAAUUAAGAAUCUAAAAUCAAAUGGACGGAAAAACUAAAAGUAAUGAAGUUCUAUACACACCAAGCUCAUGGUGUAAACGAAUGCAUCCGGAUAUGGUAGUCAAUAAACAUAUUGAAAUAGUGCAGUUGAUCAGUGAACAAAUUAAGAAAUCUAGGUACCAUAUAAAAACAAAUAUUAGAUAUGGACCUGGUGAUCAACAGCUUUUAGAUGUAUAUGAAGAUGAACUGAAUUCUUUGGAUUAUACUUUUGUUUAUAUUCAUGGAGGGUAUUGGCAAGACUUAAACAAAGACAUUUCUGCCUACUGUGUAGAACCAUUAGUAAAUGCUGGAAUUCGAGUAGUUAUACCUGGCUAUGAUCUUGCACCAAAAGUUGCUCUGUUUAAUAUAGUCAAGGAAAUUCAUCAAUUGUUGUCAUAUUUAAAGGAUUGUUUAAAAUACAAAAAUAUUUGGUUGGGAGGGCAUUCAGCAGGUGCUCAUUUAGCUUCAUCUAUGAUUCAUACUGAAAUAAAUGAAAAUAUUGGUGUUAAAGGAUUUAUACUCAUCAGCGGUGUAUUUGAUCUUAAUCCAUUAUUGGAGACAUCUAUCAAUAAAGCACUGAAGCUGAACAAAGAGACUUGUCUACAACUAAGUCCACUGAAUAAUCUCUAUGGACUUGAUUUUACACAUAUUAUGGCAAAGUUUCAUGUAAAAGUUCUUGUAGUUUACGCAGAAAAUGAUUCUCCAGCUUUCCAUUUUCAAUCAAAACAGUUUGCCAAAUUUCUGGACAAACUUGGUUUAGAAGUAAUUGAAGAAAGGAUAAUUGGAGUAGAUCAUUUUGAUAUUGUAGAGAAUCUUUCAAAUAAAGACUAUUCUCUUACAAAAACAAUCAUCAAUUUUAUUCUAAACUAAUAUACUUAGGUAACACAUAGCCAUGUGCACGAAGUAAAUUAGUAUUAAUGUAUUAUUAUGUGGAUAGUAAUGUAGUAUGUAUUUAUGUAUAACUAUUAUAAAUAUAUUAUACUUAUAAUAUUAUCAAUAUUAUUACCUACCUAGGUACCUAUAUAUUUAAUUUAUACUGUAGAUACAGUCAUAAUAUAUAGCCAUAUAGGUACCUAUUUAUGAUAUUUUACUUUUAAAUUAUAUAUUUGUUAAUAAUAUUAAAUUGUGUUUAGUGUUUACUAUUAAGUUAUAGUUAUUAUUUUAUAGUUAUAACACUAUACCUGAACCUACAAAUCUGCACUUUCGUAGAUACAGAGUCAAAUAUGUACUACACGUGUGGUACUUAUAGUACCUACCCAGUACCCUUGUACUGACUGUACUACUGUAGUAUUUAUUUAUUGAUGGUAUUUAUAAUAUACUGCAGUAUAGAUUUUGAUUAAAAUAUUUAGUCAAUGGUAUAACUAUAUUAGUAACAAUAUUAAAAGAAAAAAGAAAAAAUUGAUUUAAUAGUUACUCACGUUAAUAGAGGACCUACCUGCCUAUUUAAAACCAAUGUAGACAAUGCAGUAAAAAAAUUACUAUAAAUAAUCUAUGGAUAUAUUUUUAUACAGUUGAUAAACAAUACAUAAUAGUCAUAAUAAUAUUAUUAUGGUUGUUGUAACCAUAGAACACUAGUGCUCUAUGUUGUAACUCCACGUGUCACUAUUUUUUUAAAUAAUUUUCUAAUAAUAUGUUUACAAUUUAGAAUGUCUGCAUUGCUACUAAAGUUAAACUAAAUGUUCAAAUUAUUUUGUCAUGAAAUAAAGACAUAAAAUUAUAAUUAAUGCACAACAAAAUUAGUGUGAUUCUACAAAAAUAUCAGAUAAACAAUGAUUUACCAAAUACCUAUUAAUAAUUAAACCCAUAUAGUAUACCUAUACCUAAUAAUUAAUAUUAAUAUAAACUGAACUACAUACUCAACUAUAUAUACAAAAAAUAAGUAGAUAAACCAGGUAAAAUUAUA